AUGGACAAAAGCGGCUCGCAGACAAGAGAAGGGAACUACCUGGGUGGGAAAGCAAGUCUAAUUCGUUUGUUAGAAAGUAAAUACUGGGAUAACAUAUUAGAUGAGCGUAUAAAGCAACGGGAAAAGAACAAGAAACUGGAUUUACGACAGCAAACGCACAUGGAAUCCAGUCAAAAAGUUACGCUUGAGACGGUAGAAUGGAUGAAAGCUCACCUUGAAUUUCAAGAACAAGAGCUUAGUGUCGACCUUGAUUCGAAGGCACUAGUUUUCUGA